GUCAUAUUCCCUAUACUCUUUUACAAAAACUGUCGUUUAUUCGCUCUCCAGCGAGACGAAAACAGCGCCCUCUUUGAAAACCCUAAUUUUGACUGAUCAGAAGAAUUCUCCGAUGGAGUCCGAAGGGAGCGAAACAAGUCGGAAACGUAAAGCUAAUGAUCUUAAUCAGAAGUCUCCUUUGGUUCUUUCAGAGUGUCCUUUGGUUGUUUCGGAGACUCUUGCUGAGUUCUUUGCGGAGAGUAAGAACAUUGAUGGGUUUGACAACCCUGGAAAAUCGCUUCUGAGUACGGUGAGAGAACUUGUUGAAAAUGCACUUGAUUCUGCAGAGUCCAUUGGGGAGCUUCCAAGGGUCGAAGUAACAAUUGAGGAGAUUAAUAGAAGCAUGAUUGAUGACGAUGUUGAGACAGUAAAGGAUAGUGAGAAACGGCUUGGCAAAAAUUCAGCAAUUGGGAAGAAAACUGCUGCAAAACCCAUCAAGGGCCCCUCAGGUUAUUACAGGGUGACUUGUAAGGAUAAUGGAAAAGGAAUGCCCCAUGAUGCUAUCCCGAAUAUGUUUGGACGAGUUUUAUUGAGGAAAAAGUAUGGGGUGAAGCAAACACGUGGAAAAUUCGGACUUGGUGGUGCAAAAAUGGUAUCAAUAUGGUCAAAGAUGAGUACAGGAGAACCUAUUGAGAUAUGCUCAUCGAUGAAGAAUGAAAGUUACGCUACGCGCUGCAUUCUGGAUGUAGACAUUUAUAGAAACACUCCCCAUAUCCAUUUACAUGAAAAGAUAGGUGGCAUGGAGAAUUGGCAUGGAGCUGAGAUCAAAGUUGUAAUUGAGGGAAACUGGACAGCAUACGGUUCGAAGAUAUUGGAGUAUAUGCGCCAAAUGGCAGUUAUUACUCCUUAUGCAGAGUUCAAGUUUCGAUUUGUUGCAGUUACACUAGAUGAAAAUGGUGUGGUGGAAAAAAGUUAUCCAAGAUUGAUAGAGGAAAUGCCUCCGGUUCCUGUAGAAACAAAGUACCAUCCAUCAGCUGUGGAUUCGCUGCAUAUCAUCCAACGCAUGAUUGCUCAAACUAAAAAUCACAAUCUUCUGGAGUUUCUUCAGCAUGAAUUUGUUAACAUUUCCAAUGAUCAAGCUCAAAGAUUAAUCGCAAAAAUGGGUCCGGAUGUCACCUCCGAAACACAAGUCAACUCUUUGACUCUCCUACAAAUUGCUUACAUGCAUCACUUGUUUCAACAUACCAAAUUUGAUGAUCCUAGUGGCAAUUGUCUUGCACCUUUAGGAGAUGAAUCCUUUUGCGAGGGUAUAUAUAAGGUGCUGCAGCCGAAGAUGGUUGCAACAUACACUGCAAAAAGUGCUCAAGUAUAUCAAGGACACCCGUUCAUUGUAGAAGCUGGAGUUAGUCUGGGAGGAAAAGUCUUGAAGCAGGGUAUAAAUAUCUUCCGGUUUGCAAACCGUGUUCCGUUGCUGUUUGAGCAAGAUGCUGAUGUUGUCACCACAACUGCCAUGAAGAGAAUCAAGUGGGAAAGAUACAAAAUUUUUAAGAAGCAGGAAAAAAUUGGCGUUUAUGUUAACAUUGUAAGCACAAAAAUUCCAUUCAAAGGGUCUGGAAUGGAGUAUAUUGGAGAUGACAUAAGCAAGAUUAUUGCUAAGGCUGUCAAGACUUGUCUUGAAGAUUGCUGCAACCAGCUCAGGUCUCUAGACCUUAAAAGAAAUAUGAGUUUCUACAUUGAUCAAGCUGCAACUGCUUGUGCUAGCAUAACGGAGAUUGGCCGAGAUUUGAAUGGUCCAGAUACUAAAGUAUGGACAAAAGAAGAGCUGGUUCGAGAUUUUCGUGAGGAUUGUAAAAAGGCGGGAUUAAUAACAGAUUAGAUGGCAAUGGAAUCGACGCUUUUUGUUCAUAUGGGUAACAGUUUGCAUCAGAAAGGAACAAUGGUUAUGAGACUUUUUGUUUUCUUUUGUUCAUCUGGGUUUUUGGGAUGUUUGAAUUAGGGUUUGUUUAUUAUGCCCACAAUGAUAAACAAGUUCAAGCUGCAGUUUUGGAUGCAAUGUUUGAAUCAUUAGUUUCUUAUGCCACAAUGAUAUUAUAUAAUUGUUGAAAUACAUAUUUUUAUUCUUGUACGCCACAAAUUAUCUUCUUGGUGUUGAUUUCUUGAAAUAUAACACAUUUUGAACCC